GCGGCGGGCCGCGGCGAGCGGAGCUUCGGGGCCGCCAUGGCGGCGGGGGCGGUGGGGGCUGUCACGGCUGAGCCGCCGCCGCCGCUGGGCCGCCUGCCCGGAGGAGCCGGCACUGAGCGCGCCCUGGAAGAAGCAGAGGCCUCCGGCACCCUCAGUCUGGCCGGCCGGCGGCUGCGCGCCUUCCCGGCGGCGGGCGCGCGGCGCUGGGACCUCAGCGACACCACACAGGCCGACCUGUCGCGGAACCGUUUCGGGGAGGUGCCGGAGGCCGCUUGCCGCCUGGUCUCGCUGGAGGGGCUGAGCCUGUACCACAACUGCCUGCGCAGUCCCCCGGCCAUCGCCAACCUCCAGGCCCUGGCGCACCUGGACCUCAGCCGCAACCAGCUGAGCUCCCUGCCCGCCUGCCUGUGCCUGCUGCCCCUGCGCGUCCUCAACGCCAGCAACAACCGCCUGGCCCAGCUGCCCCCGAACCUGGGCGCCCUGCGCACGCUGCGGCAGCUGGUGAGCGCCGGGGCCGGGCUCCAGCCCCGCGGGGCCGGGCCGGGACCCCGCUGAGCCCCGUUUCGCCCCGCAGACGUCGGCUGUAACCGGCUGCGGGCGCUGCCGCCGGGGCUGGGGCAGCUGCGGGCGCUGCGGGACCUCAGCGUGCGGCGGAACCAGCUGGCGGCGCUGCCCGAGGAGCUCUCGGAACUGCCCCUGGUCCGGCUGGAUUUCUCCUGCAAACCGGGUUCCGCGAUCCCGCGCUGCUUCCGGCGGCUCCGGCACCUCCAAAUCCUGCUGGCGGACAACAACCCCCUCCAGUUCCCCCCCGCCCAGAUCUGCCUGAAGGGCAAAGUCCACAUCUUCAAGUACCUGGAAGCCGAGGCUGCCGCCCAUCCUCCCCCAGCAUGCCCCCCGGACGAGCCGUGUCCCCUCCGGCAGCGGGGGGGGCUGGACUCCGGCUUCCACAGCGUCGACAGCGGCAGCAAGCGCUGGUCGGGGAACGAGUCCACGGAUGAGUCCUCGGAGCCGUCCCGGCAGCACAGGGAGACACGCGGCGGGGCAGCUGGUGACAGCGACCCGGAGCAGCUGGAGGAGGAGCCCUUGCCCGAGAGGCAGCAGGGCCAGACCCCACGAGGUGACACCCACGAGGGUAUCAGGACCCCCCCCCAGAGACCCCCCCAGACGACGACGCUGCUGGACCCUGACGGAGCCCCCGGCCCCCCAAAAACCAGCCCCUGCCUCAGCCCCUCCUUUCCCCGCAGUGCCACCAAGCCAGCCGCCCCGGACCCCGACCAGCUGAUUGCUGAGGUGCGCCAGAGCCUCGAGGCGCUGCUGCAGCUGCGACUCCCGGACGAGCUGGGGGACUCGGAGCUGCUGGGCCGCGUGGCCGCCCGGCUGCGCCCCUGGGCGAGCCCCCCCAGUGCCCACCGCACGCCGCCGACGCCGCCCUGCCGCCGCUCGGGGGUCCCCGAGGUGAAGCCCCCCCAUCCCCGGCGCCCCCCCCCCGGGCUGCUCUUCGCCCUCUUCUACGGCCUCCUCAUGGCGCUGCUCGUCGCCGCCCACCGCGCGCUCUUUGGCUGCUGAGGGACCCCCCCCAAACCCCGGGGAGCCCCCCCAGAACUUGGGGGCAGCUCCCCAACCCCGGGGAAACCCCCAAACCCCCGGGGGG